GUUCGGCUCCGGAUAGGGAGACGAUCUCCUUUAGUUGGUUUUAAAGUAAUCCCAUCAGACUUCAGUGAAGCGUGGCUAUAUAAACAGAAGUAAAGGUUAAGCGCUCAGCAAACCCAUAGAGUUACAUGUGAGAGGAAAGUCCGAGAGCUGAGAAUCUCUUUCUAAGAUCAAGAUGGGAGAAGGAUGGAGAAAACAGGUGUUUGCUGCCAAAAGACACAAUGAAGAUACUACAAGGGACUCCGCUUUCACAUACACAAACAGUAAUCAUACCAAAGAUCCUUUUGAGGGACCAAACUACCAUGUCGCUCCUCGAUGGGUUUACAAUGUCUCAACAGUCUGGAUGUUGUUUGUGGUUGUUUCAUCUGUCUUUACCAAUGGCCUGGUUUUAGUAGCUACAGCAAAGUUCAAGAAACUCCGUCAUCCUCUCAACUGGAUCUUAGUCAACCUUGCCGUUGCUGAUCUUGGUGAGGCGGUUUUUGCCAGUACCGUCAGUGUGUGCAACCAGUUUUUUGGCUAUUUCAUUUUGGGACAUCCAAUGUGUGUCUUUGAAGGUUACGUUGUCUCAGUUUGUGGUAUUACUGCACUUUGGUCCCUGACUAUCAUCUCUUGGGAGCGAUGGGUUGUUGUAUGCAAACCUUUUGGAAAUGUCAAGUUUGAUGCCAACUGGGCCGCAGCCGGAAUUGUAUUCUCCUGGGUCUGGUCCGUGGUGUGGUGUGCCCCUCCCCUCUUUGGAUGGAGCAGGUUUUGGCCUUAUGGACUGAAAACCUCCUGUGGACCUGAUGUUUUCAGCGGUAGUAAAGACCCUGGAAUCAAGUCCUACAUGAUUGUCCUGAUGAUUACCUGCUGCAUCAUUCCUCUGGCUGUCAUAGUCUUAUGCUACCUUGCUGUGUGGUUGACCAUCCGUGAUAUUGCUAGGCAGCAGAAGGAAUGCGAGUCAACCCAGAAUGCUCAGAAGGAAGUCUCCAGGAUGGUUGUUGUCAUGAUCUUGGCUUUUUGUAUCUGCUGGGGACCUUACGCCUUUUUUGCCUGCUUUGCUGCAGCCAACCCCGGAUAUGCCUUUCAUCCUUUGCUUGCUGCCUUGCCUUCAUACUUUGCAAAGAGUGCCACCAUCUACAACCCAAUUAUCUAUGUCUUCAUGAACCGACAGUUUCGCAGAUGCAUCAUGAAGCUGUUUGGCAGAGUAGUAGAGGAUGAUUCUGAAGUGUCCACAUCGCAGACAGAGGUCUCCUCUGUGGCUCCUGCAUAACACUUCAUGAUCUGUUUUGUCACCAAAUAUUUUCAACUCUAUUAAUCAUUUGUUUUAUUACAAAACCUAUAUGUCGCAAACAAAAUGGAGAACAGUAAAGCUCUUUUAUUUGAAUGCAUGGAUGAUGUGUUUAAAAAAAAUCUGUGUUAGAUAUGUUAGAUGUAACAAGAUCCACACUUUAAAAAAUAUUUCACUUCUCAGUCUGUAAAUAGUGCUUAAAAUUUUAUGGAUGAGCUGUCAAUACACCUUUGGAGUAAUUCUGGUAGAUCAGCUACUCCUGGGAAAAGUUAUUGCUGCCUUACAUGUUCCCCAUAUGUGAA